UUUUAAAUAUUUAUUGAAUAUUAAUUCUACUCUAUGAUCGGCGUCGUCUCUCGUCUACUUUCUCAUUUAUGUAUUUUCAUCAAAGAGUAUAUAAGAUUUUUAUUUUUUCUAUGUGGUUCAUCCAGAGUAAAACGUGUGUAUAUUUAAUUAAACUAUAAUAAUAAAAAUUCCGACGCUUUUUAAAUAAAUAGACUUUACUUCAGCCAAAAUUGCUUCAACCGGUGCAACGAUGUCUUCAGACUUUUACAUACGUUAUUAUGUAGGCCAUAAAGGAAAAUUUGGACAUGAAUUUCUCGAGUUUGAGUUCCGACCGGACGGUAAAUUGCGAUAUGCUAAUAACUCCAACUACAAAAAUGAUACGAUGAUACGAAAAGAAGCCUAUGUGCAUCCAUGCGUGAUGGAGGAGUUGAAAAGGAUAAUUGUAGAUUCUGAAAUAAUGCACGAAGAUGACCGCCUGUGGCCUCAACCAGAUCGUGUAGGCAGACAAGAGCUUGAAAUAGUUAUCGGGGAAGAACACAUCUCUUUCACAACUUCAAAGACUGGCUCCCUGGUAGAUGUUAAUCAAUCUCGGGAUCCCGAGGGUCUUCGUUGUUUCUACUAUUUGGUACAAGACCUCAAAUGUCUUGUAUUUUCUCUUAUUGGUUUGCAUUUUAAAAUAAAACCAAUAUAAUGUAAGCUUACAAUAAUGGUAAAAUAAAACAAUUUAUAACUA